GCCGCAUUUGCAUUCAAGUCUCGAUAGAAAUAUAGAGUUGUUUCGGUGAGGCAAACUGUUGUCUUUUAUACAUUCGCGUAACUCCCAACUUCGAGGUGACUUUGGAAGACCUAUAUCGGUGUUUACAGCGAACUUGAAGGUUCUGUUCUCGAGGCGCAUACAAGUCAUACCAUGUCAUCUACACCAAAGAACCUAACGAUCACCUACGCUCUUCAUCCACCUCCAUCAGUGCCUUCUCCCCGCGAUUUAUCGCCAUGUGCGACACGCUCGUUUCCACUUUCUUUUCCAACCGAGUCUCAGUCAUCGCCCGCAGCAUUUAACGCAAAAUUAUACUAUGAGUCCUUGGUAUCAUCCAUUGCCGAAGCACGGGUGAAAAUUGGAGAAGAUCUGACGGCGUGGCGGGAUGCGGUUGGGACUAUAGAAGCGGAUGCAGAGAAAGAGGCGCUGGCGAGGCGGAAGGAGGAGGAUGGCGAGGACGACGAUGAAGGGGAAGAAUAAAUGUGUGGGCCACUGACAGUAUGCAAAUGUUCGCUGAGACCGACAAAUCAUGGUUCAUACUGAUUCACACAACUUGAUGAUCAUCGUUAAGAGUGAUAUAUACCCACACGAUAUCUAUCGCCAUCAACAAAACUCAGUCAAGAUUUACUCUAUCCAGUGUAUACUAUGAUGUCACUUGCAUAUAUUUGACGUCAUCCAACUCCCAGCUC